UCUAAUUCAAUAAGACAUAAUUAAACUACUUUUGUAUUGUUGAUCAAUCAGAUUACGAGCUCGUGGGCAGAUUUGAUGAUUUACCUUAAUUGUAAUCUAGUCAAUUGAAUGAUCAAUAAAAAUAGUUAAAUUUUGUCAUCUUAAUUACUUACUAUCAAUAUAAAGGGUUAAACAAUUUACAAUUAAGAUGAAGGCUAAUUAAGAUUCACUUUAAUCAAUCAAUUUAAUAUUAAGGUGAAUGAGAUUUAAUCUAACACUUGAUAAUUAUGAUAACAAUUAAGAUAAAUAAAUGAAAACUAAUCAUGAAAAUGAUUGACAAAGUUAAUUUUUUCACUGAAAAGAUCAACAAAGUAACUAAUUAAAUGUUCAUUUUAAUUGUUGGCUUAAUUUUCAUUGGUUUAACCAACGGGAAAACUUUAUCAUCAGUAAAUACAACUAAUUUAACUCCAUUGUCAAAUGAAAUAGUUGAUUAUGUCAAUUCACUGAAUACAACAUGGAAAGCUGGUACAAACUUUGAUGAUUUACAAUACAUCAAGAAACUUAAUGGUACUUUAAAGGAGCCAGAAAAUUUAUUCAAUUCAACAAUUAACGAAACAAUUACAAUAACUAACGAGAAAAUCAAUUUACCUGAACAUUUCGAUGCUCGUGAAGUUUGGCCUAAUUGUGAUUCCAUUGCAACAAUUAGAGACCAAGGGGGUUGUGCAGCAUGUUGGGCAGUUAAUACAGUCUCAAUUAUGUCCGAUCGACUUUGUAUCAAAUCAAAUGGUACAAUUAACGUCCAAUUAUCAGCUGAGGAAGUGUUGACAUGUUGUCAUAAUUGUAGUAACGGUUGUGUCAACGGUGGAUUUGCUCAUAAGGCGUUUUCAUAUUGGAUUGACCAUGGAAUCGUCACCGGUGGGUCUUACCAAGGUGGCGGGUGUUUACCUUAUACAAUUUACCCUUGCACCAGACAGGGAGAUGGUCCAAUUACUUGUAAACAAUCAAAUCUAAUUCGACUAUCAACCUGUAGAAACGAAUGUGCCUCAGGGUAUAACAAGAAUUACACUGAUGAUAAAUACUUUGGGAAAAAUUCUUACAAUUUGGUUGGUCCUAAAUCGAUCAUGUUGGACAUUAUGACCAAUGGUCCAGUCGCAGCUCGAAUGAAACUUUACAAUGAUCUUUACAGUUACAAAUCAGGUAUUUAUCAGCAAACUGUUAAUGAAGAUGAUGGUUAUCAUACUGUCAAGUUAAUCGGUUGGGGUAAUGAUCAAGGUGUCGAUUAUUGGUUAGCUGCUAAUUCUUGGGGCACUUAUUGGGGUGAUAAAGGUUUUUUCAAAAUCAAACGCGGUGAAAAUGAAUGUGAGAUUGAAAAUGAGGGAAUUGCUGGAUUGCCAAGAAUUUAAUUGAUAAAAUUAAUCUCCAACUAAUUAAUUGUUAGUGAUUAAGUCAAUCAAUUAACAAUUGAUUGACAUUGCCAAUCCUAAAUUAUUUAUUCUAAUUGUUAUUGGUAAUAAAAAUUUUCAUCUCAA